AUGGGCAUCGCCGAGUCCACGCCGGACGAGCUGCCGUCGGACGCGGAGGAGCAGCUGCGCAGCGGCGAGCAGCAGCUGGAGCUGAGCGGGAGGCGGCUGCGGCGGCUGCCCAGCGCCGUGUGCGCGCUGAGCCGCCUGCAGAAGCUGUACGUGAGCGGCACGGGGCUGCGCGAGCUGCCCGAGGAGAUCGAGGAGCUGCGCGAGCUGCGCAUCCUGGCGCUCGACUUCAACAAACUCGAGCGCUUGCCCGACGGCCUGUGUCGCCUGCCGCGCCUCACGCGCCUCUACCUGGGCGGCAACCGGCUGCUGGCGCUGCCCGCCGACUUCGCGCAGCUGCAGAGCCUGCGCUGCCUCUGGAUCGAGGGCAACUUCCUGCGGCGCUUCCCGCGGCCGCUGCUGCGCCUGGUGGCGCUGCAGUCGCUGCAGAUGGGCGACAACCGGCUGCGCGCGCUGCCAGCCGAGCUGCCGCGCAUGACGGGCCUGCGCGGCCUCUGGCUCUACGGCAACCGCUUCGAGGAGUUCCCGCCCGCGCUGCUGCGCAUGGGCCGCCUGCACAUCCUCGACCUGGACCGCAACCGCCUGGGCGGCUUCCCCGACCUGCACCCGCUGCGCGCCCUGCGCGUCUUCUCCUACGACCACAACCCGGUCACUGGGCCCCCGCGCGUCGCCGACACCGUCUUCCUCGUGGGCGAGGGCGCGGUCGAGCGCAUGGCGGAGCGUGACGAGCCCACGCCCCGGCCGCCGCCCCGGCGCCCAGCUCGGGCUUUUGAGGAUGAGGAGGAAGAAGACCUACUCAUAGGGGGCGGGAGCUCCAGGCCUCUGGGGCCCCCCGGGGGCAGCCUCCCCGCCCUGGAAGCCGCCCCAGGACUGGGCACCUGA